AUGGCCACCUCAACGGACCCUUUCCACACCCUCCUCUCCCUGCCGCACCGUCCCCUCAACGACGAGGCGAACCCCACCCCGACCUCUGUCGAGGAGUCAUACGUCGAAUCCGACAUCCACGAUGUGCUCCGGCCCUACACUACUGUAUCACCGGAUGUGUCCCCUGGCCCCAUCCUGCGGCGGAAGGCCCACCUAGCAUUCAUCGGGAAGCUCCUAGCCAAGCCACUCCCUGCAGCCUAUGUGGCCUUCGAUUCGACGAGGCCUUGGUUGCUUUAUUGGAGCCUUCAUACGUACACGCUUCUCGGGCACCCGGUUGAUGAGAAGUUGAAAAUGCGAGCCGUGAGCACGCUGCUGAGCUGUCAAGACGUUGAUAAGGGUGGCUUUGGCGGUAGCCCAGGCCACAUCGGCCACCUGAUGGCCACCUAUGCUGCAAUCAACGCCUUGUGCAUCGUAGGCGGCCCGGGAGCUGUUCCAUCCCGCCAAGAGUGUGAGCAGGUAUCUGCGGGCAAGACCACCCUCGCCAAGCUGGGCAAGGCAGGAUGGGAUGGGAUCGAUCGCAAGAAGCUGUACGCCUGGAUGAUGAGGCUCAAGCAGCCUGAUGGGAGCUUCACGGUUCAUGAGGGUGGGGAGGUCGACGUGAGGGCCAGCUACUGCGUUUGGUGCAUUGCGACGCUCACAGGGACGGGAACGAGAGAGCUUUUCGAAGGGAUGAGUGACUUCUUGGCAAGCUGCCAAUCCUACGAAGGUGGGCUAAGCUCAACUUCCUUCCCGACGUACAACCCCAACCUCCAGCUCGACAACUCCUCGCCACGCCCAGCACUAGGAGAAGCGCACGGCGGUUACGCGUUCUGUGCUGCAGCGGCCUACCUCGGUCUCUCUCUCCUCGAAGACCCCCUUCACUCCAGCGCCUCCUCGUCGUCCACCGCGCCAGAACGCCGACAACGUCUUGACGUACGGAAGCUGACCCGGUGGACUCUCGGCUUGCAAUGUCCCUUCCCAUCACAAGGUGGUGGCUACAAGGGUCGGAUCAACAAGCUAGUCGAUGGGUGCUACUCCUGGUUCUCAGGUGCAGGGAUGUGGGGCGUAGUCGAGUCACUACAGCAGGUCGAGAAGGAGACUACAACGUCACACAAGAACGCUUCGCCCUCAGCAGCGCCUCUCACGAUACCGGAACUGUGGGAUCGCCCAGCAUUGCAAGCUUACAUUCUCUGCGUCGCACAAUCCAUCCCGUCGGACUGCUCUACCCCAGCCGAAGCAGCAGCCUCGACAGCAGAGGGAGGGCUGAGGGACAAGCCGGGCAAAAAGGCGGAUGCGUACCACACAUGCUACAAUUUGGCAGGGCUGAGCGCUGCGCAACAUGUUGUCCGGCCGUGUAGGGAGACGAGGGAGUUCUGCUACAAGAGUUGGAAGGGUGCAGAAGAGAAGGAGGAGAACGAGGAACUAAGACGGAGGGUCUUCUCGUCAAUGCUGGGCUUUAAUUUGGCGCCAGGCAGGGAGAAGAUCGUGCUCGGCCAUCAUGAUGGUUCGGGGAAGGGUGACGGCGCGAGGAAUGAGGUGCUGCCGACCCAUCCGGUGCUCAACGUGGGCUUUGUGCAGGUGAGAGGGAUGAUGCUUUGGGCUUAUGGUCAGGAGGCGUAG